AUGGCGACCACCACACAAACAAAGGACGAACGCCUAGCGCUGAUCAAAGAGAACCUGGCCGAGGUGCUGAACCAAGAGAUUAUCGAAAAAAUUCUCGAUGAAGGCCGCAACCCAAAGAUCUACUGGGGCACGGCCACCACCGCGCCGCCUCACUGCGGAUACUUUGUACCGGCCAUCAAGAUUGCUCAGCUCCUUGCCGCUGGCUGCGAGAUGACGAUCCUCCUCGCCGAUAUCCACGCCUUCCUUGACAACCUCAAGGCGCCGAUCGAAAUGGUGGAGCAGCGCGCACAGUACUACCGCUUCAUGAUCACGGCCAUUCUUGAGGCCGUGGGCAUCCCCACCGACAAGCUCAAGUUUGUACUCGGUAGCUCCUACCAAAAGACAUCCGACUACGUGAUGGACGUGUACCGCAUGGCCUCGGUCGUGUCGGAGCACGAUGCCCGCCGCGCGGGGUCGGAGACGGUCAAGCAGUCGGCCAACCCCCCACUGAGUGGUCUUCUCUACCCCGUGUUGCAGAUUCUCGACGAGCAGUACCUAGACGUCGAUGCACAGUUUGGAGGCAUGGACCAAAGGAAGUUGUUCAUCGCCGCCAAGGAGUGGCUGCCCAAGCUUGGAUACAGAGAGCGUGCUCACUUAAUGAACCCGCUGGUCCCUGGUCUCCAGGGUGCCAAGAUGAGCUCCAGCGACCCCAACAGCAAGAUUGACCUGCUCGACACCGAGGAUGCCAUUCGAAAGAAGAUUAGCAAGGCCGAGUGCGCCCCCACGGUUGUAGAAGGUAACGGUGUUCUCGCCUUCACCGAGUUUGUGCUGCUUCCUGCUGCCGCCCUCAGAGGCAAGAAGGAGUUUACCGUCCCUCGCCGCGACGACACUCCUCUCGUCUACACCAGCAUCGAACAGAUGCACGAGGAUUUCAAGAAUGACAAGCUUACUCCCCAAGCUCUCAAGCCUGCCGUUGCCCAGGCCCUUGUCGAUCUAACCGCGCCCAUUCGCAACGCUUUCGAAAAUUCGCAGGAGUGGAAAGACAUUACUCUCAAGGCCUACCCUCCACCCGAGAAGAAGGUGAAGAAGGUUAAGGACAAGGGAACCCGCUUCCCCGGCCGCCCCAAGCCCGCCGCCGAUGGUCAGCCAGCUGAGGGUGGUGCCACAAGGACGAAGGUGGCUGGCGACGUGUCAACUGCGGCCGAGCCCGCUGCAUAA